UGCCAUUUUUCCGAUGGACGCUUCUCCUUUUGGCUGCUGACGGAGCCGCGGGAAGAUGCUGAGCUGCUGCCACGCCACCCAGCCGGGGCACGUUCCAGAGGACGCCGGGGCACCCGACUGUCUAAGCUGCCUUUCUCCUCCCGUUGCUAGGGAAAUGGUCCACGGGUGCCGGGUGUGAGCCUCCCCGCUCGUCAAGCCGGAGACUGCGGUUGUCAGUGAUCAAUUGAAGAAGCAGGACCCGAAAUUACAGACAUUAGCAAUGAUGUGUGAAGUGAUGCCCACAAUUAAUGAGGACACCCCAAUGAGCCAAAGGGGGUCCCAAAGCAGUGGCUCGGACUCUGACUCCCAUUUUGAGCAGCUGAUGGUGAAUAUGCUAGAUGAAAGGGAUCGUCUUCUAGACACCCUUCGGGAAACCCAAGAAAGCCUCUCACUUGCCCAGCAAAGACUGCAGGAUGUCAUCUAUGACAGAGAUUCGCUCCAGAGACAGCUCAAUUCAGCCCUGCCACAGGAUAUCGAAUCCCUAACAGGAGGGCUGACUGGUUCUAAGGGGGCUGAUCCACCGGAAUUUGCUGCACUGACAAAAGAAUUAAAUGCCUGCAGAGAACAACUUCUAGAAAAAGAAGAAGAAAUUUCUGAACUUAAAGCUGAAAGAAACAAUACAAGACUGUUACUGGAGCAUUUGGAGUGCCUUGUGUCACGACAUGAAAGGUCACUAAGAAUGACGGUGGUGAAGCGACAAGCCCAGUCCCCCUCGGGAGUGUCCAGCGAAGUUGAGGUUCUCAAGGCACUGAAAUCUUUAUUUGAGCACCACAAGGCCUUGGAUGAAAAGGUAAGGGAGCGACUGAGGGUUUCUUUAGAAAGAGUCUCUGCACUGGAAGAAGAACUAGCUGCUGCUAAUCAGGAGAUUGUUGCCUUGCGUGAACAAAAUGUUCAUAUACAAAGGAAAAUGGCAUCAAGUGAGGGAUCCACAGAGUCAGAACAUCUUGAAGGGAUGGAACCUGGCCAGAAAGUCCAUGAAAAGCGUUUGUCCAAUGGUUCUAUAGAUUCAACUGAUGAAACAAGUCAAAUAGUUGAACUACAAGAAUUGCUUGAAAAACAAAACUACGAAAUGGCCCAAAUGAAAGAACGUUUAGCAGCCCUUUCUUCCCGAGUGGGAGAGGUGGAACAGGAAGCAGAGACAGCAAGAAAGGAUCUCAUUAAAACAGAAGAAAUGAACACUAAGUAUCAAAGGGACAUCAGGGAGGCCAUGGCACAGAAGGAAGAUAUGGAAGAAAGAAUCACGACCCUUGAGAAGCGUUACCUCAGUGCUCAGAGAGAAUCUACCUCCAUACAUGACAUGAAUGACAAACUAGAAAAUGAGUUAGCAAAUAAAGAGGCCAUCAUACGGCAGAUGGAAGAGAAGAACAGACAGUUACAAGAGCGUCUUGAGCUAGCUGAGCAAAAGUUGCAGCAAACUAUGAGAAAAGCUGAGACCUUACCUGAAGUAGAGGCUGAACUGGCUCAGAGAAUUGCAGCCCUGACAAAGUCUGAUCCAACCUCUUCUACCUCAUCUGAUGAUUAUCAAUAUGUUAUGGAAGCUAAACUACAAGAAAUGAUCUCCAUACGUAGGAAGGCUGAAGAAAGACAUGGAAACAUUGAAGAACGUAUGAGGCAUCUAGAAGGUCAACUUGAAGAGAAAAAUCAAGAACUUCAAAGAGCUAGGCAAAGAGAGAAAAUGAAUGAGGAGCACAACAAAAGAUUAUCCGAUACUGUGGAUAGACUUCUGACUGAAUCCAAUGAACGCUUACAGCUACACUUAAAGGAACGAAUGGCUGCUCUAGAAGAGAAGAAUGUCUUAAUUCAAGAAUCAGAAACUUUCAGAAAGAAUCUGGAAGAAUCUUUACAUGAUAAGGAAAGAUUAGCAGAAGAAAUUGAAAAGCUGAGAUCUGAACUUGACCAGUUGAAAAUGAGAACUGGCUCUUUAAUUGAACCCACAAUAUCAAGAACUCAUCUAGACACCUCAGCUGAGCUGCGGUAUUCUGUUGGAUCCCUAGUGGACAGCCAGUCUGAUUACAGAACAACUAAAGUAAUAAGAAGACCAAGGAGAGGCCGCAUGGGUGUGAGGAGAGAUGAGCCAAAGGUGAAAUCUCUUGGGGAUCAUGAAUGGAACAGAACUCAACAAAUUGGAGUGCUAAGCAGCCACCCUUUUGAAAGUGACACAGAAAUGUCUGACAUUGAUGAUGAUGAUAGAGAAACGAUUUUUAGCUCAAUGGAUCUUCUCUCUCCAAGUGGUCAUUCUGAUGCCCAGACCCUAGCCAUGAUGCUUCAGGAACAAUUGGAUGCUAUCAACAAAGAAAUCAGACUAAUUCAGGAAGAAAAAGAAUCUACAGAGUUACGUGCUGAAGAAAUUGAGAAUAGAGUGGCUAGUGUGAGUCUGGAAGGCCUGAAUUUAGCAAGGGUCCACCCAGGUACCUCCAUCACUGCCUCGGUUACAGCUUCUUCGCUGGCCAGUUCAUCUCCCCCCAGUGGACACUCAACACCAAAGCUCACCCCUCGAAGUCCUGCCAGGGAAAUGGAUCGGAUGGGAGUCAUGACACUGCCAAGUGAUCUAAGGAAACAUCGGAGAAAGAUUGCAGUGGUAGAAGAAGAUGGUCGGGAGGAUAAAGCAACAAUUAAAUGUGAAACUUCUCCUCCCCCUACCCCUAGAGCCAUCAGGAUGACUCACACCCUCCCUUCUUCCUACCACAAUGAUGCCCGAAGUAGUCUAACUGCCUCCCUUGAGCCUGAAAGCCUUGGGCUUGGCAGUGCCAACAGCAGCCAAGACUCUCUUCACAAAGCCCCCAAGAAGAAAGGAAUCAAGUCUUCAAUAGGUCGUUUGUUUGGUAAAAAAGAAAAAGCUCGACUUGGGCAGCUCCGAGGCUUUAUGGAGACUGAAGCUGCAGCUCAGGAGUCCCUGGGGUUAGGCAAACUUGGAACUCAAGCUGAGAAGGAUAGAAGACUGAAGAAAAAGCAUGAACUUCUAGAAGAAGCUCGGAGAAAGGGAUUACCUUUUGCCCAGUGGGAUGGGCCCACUGUAGUCGCGUGGUUAGAGCUCUGGUUGGGAAUGCCUGCUUGGUACGUGGCAGCCUGCCGAGCCAACGUGAAGAGCGGUGCCAUUAUGUCUGCUUUAUCAGACACUGAGAUCCAGAGAGAAAUUGGAAUCAGCAAUCCUCUGCAUCGCUUAAAGCUCCGGCUAGCAAUCCAGGAGAUGGUUUCCCUAACCAGUCCUUCAGCUCCUCCAACAUCCAGAACUCCUUCAGGCAACGUUUGGGUGACCCAUGAAGAAAUGGAAAAUCUUGCAGCUCCAGCAAAAACGAAAGAAUCUGAGGAAGGAAGCUGGGCCCAGUGUCCGGUUUUUCUACAGACCCUGGCAUAUGGAGAUAUGAACCACGAGUGGAUUGGAAACGAAUGGCUUCCCAGCCUGGGGUUACCUCAAUACAGAAGUUAUUUUAUGGAAUGCUUGGUAGAUGCAAGAAUGUUAGAUCACCUAACAAAAAAAGAUCUCCGUGUCCAUUUAAAAAUGGUGGAUAGUUUCCAUCGAACAAGUUUACAAUAUGGAAUUAUGUGCUUAAAGAGGUUGAAUUAUGACCGAAAAGAACUAGAAAGAAGACGAGAAGCAAGCCAACAUGAAAUAAAAGAUGUGUUGGUGUGGAGCAAUGAUCGAGUUAUUCGCUGGAUACAAGCAAUUGGACUUCGAGAAUAUGCAAAUAAUAUUCUUGAAAGUGGUGUGCAUGGCUCACUUAUAGCCCUGGAUGAGAACUUUGACUACAGCAGCUUAGCUUUAUUACUACAGAUUCCAACACAGAAUACCCAGGCAAGGCAGAUUCUUGAAAGGGAAUACAAUAACCUCCUGGCUCUGGGAACUGAACGGCGACUAGAUGAAAGUGAUGACAAGAAUUUCAGGCGUGGGUCGACCUGGAGAAGGCAGUUUCCUCCCCGUGAAGUACACGGAAUCAGCAUGAUGCCUGGGUCCUCAGAAACAUUACCGGCUGGAUUUAGGUUAACCACAACAUCGGGGCAGUCAAGGAAAAUGACAACGGAUGUUCCUUCAUCAAGACUGCAGAGGUUAGACAACUCCACUGUUCGCACAUACUCAUGUUGACAAGCCACUCAAAGGAGGCAGCACUGACUUGCUAUGUCGUCUUUUCAGUCUACUCUACCUAAAGUGCACUACCAUCUAAGAAGAUAAGCAGUGAAAACCUUUGUGAAGACUGAAUUCUAAGGAAAUAAUCACAACUAAUGGUUUAUUAAGCUGAAAAUGUGAUUUUGGGGGGAGUCAGAUAUUAAGUUUGAUUAGUUUACUACAGUUGUAAGAAAAUGCUUAAGUCAUUUGAAUAAUAAGCAUCAUCCGCAUCAUAAAUUCUGUACAACAGAUGCUUUAUGAAAUGGAGCCACUUGGUUUUUCAUGUUUUAUUGUAAUAUACUUGGCAUUUAUGUAUUACUGUGUAUGCAUUUCUUUUUAAAUGUGUAAGUCUUAUGUAAA